GAGGGAGAGGGAGAGAGGAGAGGGGAGGGCUGGGGGCGGGAGAGGGUCGGGGGAGAGGGAUCUGGCAUGGAGACGUGGGAAGGGGACUGUGGGGAGGGUACUAUGGUGAGAAGGUGUGGGGAGGGGCUACAGGGAGAGGGGAUAUGGGGAGAAGGUAAAGGGGGAUUUGGGGAAGGGGUUUGAGGAGGAUCUAUGAAAUUUGGGGCAGGAGGUCUGGCUUAGUGGGGGCAUGUGUCCUCAGCAGGACCCACCCUGGCGGCUCCCAACACCCACCUGUGCCCACACCACAGCCGCUUUCCCGGACGCGCCCAGCACACCGCACCCCAUCACUGGCAGAGCACACGCUCCCAUAGCGGUGAGGCCACCGUCCCACGGGUGCCACACGUCCCCCCACAACAGCAGCCAGUGCCAGCGCCAGCGCCGGGCCUGGCCGGGCUCCCGCUGCGCUGGGAACAAUCCGGCCUUUGAGCGGACCCAGUGCCGGCGCACCCGGCUGUAGAAUGGGCCCAUUCUGGUGGCAGGUGCCGUGAGGGGCCGGGGGCUCCAGCUGGCCCCCGGCUUUACUGGGGGGGUGAAGCCCCCCGUGGAGCUGGCACACAGUUGGAUUUGGGGACUCAAGCGUCUCGGCAGUGCCAGGGCCGUGCACAGUCAUGGACGGGCUGAGGUGGGAUGGAGGGGCGCUGGGACCAGGCCGCACCCGCGGCACCCGUCCCGCCCUGACACCCGCAUCCGCCCCGCGCCUGGGGACAAUGGGUGUCUGCCUCCCUGUCUGUGUCCCUCGGGCAGGAACGGGGGUGUCCGUGCUGGGACCCCUUCGGGUGCUCGUGUCCCCCGGGAAGGGACCCCACGGGUGACCCGAUGGCUGCGGGCUCCCGUCCGCCAUGCUCGGUGCACCCCGGGACAGGACCGGGACUGUCCCGGGACCGUGCCUGGACAGUACCGGGACCACACCUGGACUGUGCCGGGACCGUGUCAGGACCGUACCACGACUCUACCGGAACCACGCCUGCACCGGACCGGGACCGGGACAGUACCGCACCGUGCCGCGGUCCCGCCCGGGCUCGCUGCGCCGCCGUCCCGCUCCCACUCCCGGGAGUCCCCGUUCCCAUUCCCGGGAGUCCCCGUUCCCGUUCCCGUUGCCGGGCGGGGCGGCCGCUGUCCCCGCCCCGGGGCGCUCCCGCCGCUUCCUGCGGGCACGGCCGGGACGGGGCGGGCCGGGACGGGUCGGGGCGGCGGCGGUAGCGGAGCGCGAGCCGCCCUGAGCCCCACUGGUGCCGGGGGAUGCCGGGAUGCCGGUGCCCGCGUGCCCGCAGCGCCCUGCCCUGAGCGCGGAGCCCAGCUGUGCCAUGGAGGAUCCGCCCGGCACCGGGACCGAGGCGUGGGCCGAGGGGCUCCAUAACGCCAACAACAACGCGUCCCCGGGGGGGUGGCCGGGUGCCCGCGGUGGGCACCCCCUGGCAGCUUUCGGGGGUCCCGGGGCCAAGCCCAGCUACCUGGACCGCGUGGUGCAGGAGAUCGUGGAGUCCGAGCGCACCUACGCCCGUGACCUGCGCAGCAUCGUGGAGGGUUACCUGGGCAAGAUCAUCGACGCGGAGGAGCCGGUGCUGCGACCGGAGCAGGUCAGCGCGCUCUUCGGCAACAUCGAGGACAUCUACGAGCUCAGCAGCACCCUCCUGCAAAACCUGGAGAGCUGCGCCAAUGACCCCGUGGCUGUGGCCGUGUGCUUCGUCACCCGGAGCCAGGAAUUUGCCAUCUACACCCAGUACUGCAACAACUACCCCAGCUCGGUGGCGGCACUGACCGAGUGCAUGAGGAGCAAGGUCCAGGCACGGUUCCUGCGGGAAUGCCAGGAGCGCCUGCGCCACGCGCUGCCCCUCGGGGCCUACCUGCUUAAGCCUGUCCAGAGGAUCCUCAAGUACCACCUGCUGCUCCAGGAGAUCGCCAGGCACUUUGAGCACAAGGCGGGGGACGACUACGAGCUGGUGCUGGAGGCCAUCGACACCAUGACCUGCGUGGCCUGGUACAUCAAUGACAUGAAGCGCAAGCACGAGCACGCCAUCCGCCAGCAGGAGAUCCAGUCACUGCUGCUGGGCUGGAAGGGGCCGGACCUGACGAGCUACGGGGAGCUGGUGCUGGAGGGCACAUUUCGGGCACAGCGGGUGCGCCACGACCGUGCCCUCUUCCUCUUCGACAAGGCCCUGUUGAUCACCAAGCGCCGUGGUGACCACUAUGUCUACAAGAGCCACAUCCCGUGCUCCUCGCUGAUGCUGAUUGAGAGCACGCGGGACUCGCUGUGCUUCAGCCUGGCACACUACAAGCAUGGCAAGCAGCAGCACAGCCUGCAGGCCAAGAGCGUGGAGGAGAAGCGCGUGUGGACUCACCACAUCAAGCGGCUCAUCCUGGAGAACCACCACGCCACCAUCCCCCAAAAGGCUAAGGAAGCCAUCCUGGAGAUGGACCUGUUCUACCCCCCACGCCUGCCCCGCUGCAGCCCUGAGCGCCUGAAGAAGAGCUGGUCCUGCCAGCCCCUGGGUGACGCUGCCACCGAGCCACUCCAGGGACGCCGGCAGUCUGAGCCCUUCCAGCACCAGGGGCACACGGAGACGCUGCUGGAGCGGCUGCAGGGACACGGGGGGCGCAGGCAGGCGGAGCCCGCCAAGCACAACCUGCGGCACCUGGGCGAGCAAGGGCUGAAGAACACGGGCAGCGACGGGGCGCUCCUGCAAGUUGGGGAGCCACACCAGCACCCCAGAGCCUGGGCAGCGGUUGAGGGCAUGGUGGCAGAGGAAGAGGAGGAGGAGGAAGAGGAGGCUUUGGGCAAGGACUGCCAGGAGGAGCUGCCAGGGUCCAGGGAUCUGCUGUUGGAGCCCCAGGAGGAGCAGAGGCCAAGCAGCUGGGGGCCAGGGAGCUGUGAGAAGGUCAGUGUGACCCCCCGGGCCCCAGCCGGGAGUGCCCAGGGACCCAGCACCCACAGCCCCAACAGCAGUGCUGGGGAGCACCCCAAGGUUCCCAGAUCCCCAUCCCUGGUGGGGACCCUGGCGCUGCCCAGCGGGGACAGGGAACCGGAGCACGCUGUGGAGGAUUUGCAGGUGCUGAGCAGCGAGGAAGAGGAGGAGGAGGAGGGGGAAGGAGCCGCCAGCAUCCUGCCACCCUCCGUGCUGGACCAGGCCAGCGUCAUCGCCGAGCGGUUCGGCGGCGGCAGCAGCUUGUCCCGAAGGAGCAGCCUGGCGCUGGAGGGGACCCUGGGACGCACCCCCAGCCAUGGUGGCAGCACCCUCAGCCUGGAUGGGGGCCCCCCGCUCGAAUCCACGGAGCCCGGGGAGUCCCCCAGUGCCAUCCCCUCGCCCGAGCCCCUCAUCAGAGCCCGCCGGGAAUCGCUGCUCUCCAACCGGGACCGCCUGCUCCUCGACAAGAUCAAGAGCUACUACGGCCACGCCGAGCACCGCGAUGCUGGUUUUGGGGUGCGCCGCCGCGAGAGCCUCUCCUUCAUCCCCAAGGGGCUGGUGCGGAGCUCCGUGUGCCGCCUCAAUGGGCUCCCUCGGCCCCCCGAGAGCCCUGAGCCCCCCACCCAGCCCGAGGCACCGGAGCCGUGCCAGGAGAACGGGGCGCAGCCCCCCGAGCCGCUGCUCAUCGUGGAGGAGGAUGAUGUGGGCACCGCGGUGUCACCCCCAGGGCCACCCCCGCAGCUGCUGCUGACACCCCCUCAUCUGGGCACCAAGGUGUACCAGCUGGCCCGGCAGUACAGCCUCCGCAUCAAGAGCCGCCGCGCCGGCACCCGCCGCCCCCCGCUGCCGCCGCAGGAGGACGGGGACCCCCCGCCCAGCACCCCUUCGCUGGCUGUGCCGCAGGACGAGCCGCUGGUGGCGUCCCCGUCCCCGCGUGCCCCCCGCAGCCCCUCAAGCCCCGUGGGCGCCGAACCCUUCGCCUGGCCCGACGUGCGGGAGCUCCGUGCCCGUUUCGGGGCCCCGCGGCCGCCGCCGGUGAGCCGCAGCCGCUCGGCGCCCGAGGGUCCCGGCCGCGGUGGGCGCCCGGCCGGGAAGGAGCGGGGCAGCGGCCGCAGCCGCAGCGCUGAGGCCAACGGGGGCUGCAGCACCCCGAGCCCGGCUCCAGCGCGGUACAGCAGUGACGGGGCGCUGUGGGUGGCGGCCGAAGCCCCUCUGGGCCAGGGGCAGCGGGUGCUGGUGCUGGAGCGGCUGCCGGAGCCCCCGGCCUACGUGCAGAUCCGCUCGCCCACCACGCGGGAGAAGAUCUGCCUGAAGGCGGUGGUGGAGCGCUGCAAAGCCUACCAGGCGUCCGAGGAGUACCGGCGGCGCUGCCCCGAGACCCCCGGCAGCCCCGAGCCGCUGCGCCACGGCCUCGUCAGGGACCUGCGGCAGAAGUUUCAGACCCUCGACGCUGCCAGCUAGGGGCUGGAACGGGGAGAACGGGUGUCCUGGGGACUCCAAGGGAAGGAGCAUCCCGUGGACCCCCAACCUGCCUGGGAGAAGGGGCACCACAUGGACCUCAAGUCUAGUUGGAGGAAGGGUCACCCCAUGCAUCCUCAACCUGCCUGGGAGAAGAGGAACCAAAUGGACCUCCAAACUUACCUGGAAUAAGGGGCACCCCAUGGCCCCCCAGCUGUUUGCAAAAAGGAACCCUUUGGGUACUUCCAAUCUGCCCAGGAAAAGGGGCAGCCCCGUGGACCCUCAGCCCUCUUGGAAGAAGGAGCACCCCAUGGACACCCAGCUUGUCCAGGAGAAGGGGCACCCCAUGGACCCCGAUGUACCUGGAAGAAGGGGUACCCCAUGGCCCCCCAGCCUACAGGAAAAGGGGUACCCCAUGGACUCUCCCAACCCACCUGGCAGAAGGAGAACCCUGAGGACUCCCAUCCUGCUCUGGACAAGGGACACCUCUGGUUCUCUCUGCCCACAGGACCUUGGGAACCCCAUGAACCUCCCACUACAAGUACCAGCGGCCCCCCAUGCUCCGCAGGCACCCAGCACUGCACCCCACUUGCUUUCACAUCUUUAUUAGAAAAAAAAACCCAAACUGAA